AUGGGAGAUAACACAAGCACAAGUAAAGAAGAUAUAGAACUUCAAAAUGGAGAGAUACUAGCAUUAUCGUCAAUCUAUCAAACUUCAUUCAUUGAUAAGGAUAAUGAUAGUGAUCAUCAAGACUACUAUACUAUUAUGAUCACUCCACAAGAGUUUAAUGAUAUCAAUGAUAUUGGAAUUGAUGAAGAUGGCGACGAUGAUUAUAAAUUACACUUUAAAUUUAAAUAUUGUAAUGGCUAUCCAUCAAAGAAUGCACCGUUGCUACAGGUCAAGGGUAGUUGGCUUCACAUUGAACAUUCAUCGUUGUUGGUCGAUUACCUUGCAUCACUGUGGUCUCUUAAUGAACCAUCGAUAUUCUCAAUGAUCAAUUGGUUGAUAGACUCUAGUAUAACCUAUCUCUCUGAAAUGGUUCCACAAGUAUACCUCAAUAUUGCAACCAACAUUAAAUUACAAGCACAACUUCAAAAUGAAUCGUCCAAUAAUACCUCUCCACGAAAUUCAAUUAGUCCAACAUUAGAAUCAUCUCAAUCACAACAACAAAAGAAGAAGCAAUGUCCAACUAUUUAUACUGGUAUUGCUGUAACUGAUAAAAAAAGUAAAUUCCAAGCUCAUUUGGCAAUAGUUCAUUCUGAAGAGGAUGUACAAACAGUUUUAGAUAAAUUAAUGGAAACCAAGAAAAUUGCAGAAGCAACUCAUAACAUGUAUGCAUAUAGAAUUAAAUUACCAAAUGGUCAAAUUGACGAAUUAUAUAAUGACGAUGGUGAGGAUGGUGCAGGAGACAAGAUGUUAUUCACAUUGAAAGCAAAUCAUUGUGAAGAUGUAUUGGUAGUUGUUACUAGAUGGUUUGGUGGAAUACUUUUAGGAGGUGCAAGAUACACCCAUAUUAUAAAUGUUACAAAGGAUAUGGUGAAUGCUCGUCUAUCAAAUUCACUAUUACAAUUUAAAUCACCUCUAAAUAAUUAA